AUCCACAAGAGGAGAAGAAACAAUCAACCAGCAACACUCUUCUCGUAUAACAUAAUACAGCGAAGGUAACUCACAUGGCAACUUCCAUGGGUUGUCUCGUCUUGCUCUGCCUUGUUUCUUCUCUCCUUCCCAGUGCCGUCCUUGGCCACCCAUGGGGUGGCUUGUUCCCACAGUUCUAUGACCAUUCGUGCCCCAAGGCGAAGGAGAUUGUGCAGUCCAUUGUGGCACAGGCUGUGGCCAAGGAGACCAGGAUGGCGGCAUCUUUGGUCAGACUGCAUUUCCAUGACUGCUUUGUCAAGGGCUGCGAUGCUUCGGUGCUGUUGGACAACAGCAGCAGCAUAGUUAGUGAGAAAGGGUCCAACCCGAACAGGAACUCCCUCAGGGGGUUUGAGGUGAUCGACCAGAUUAAGGCUGCUCUUGAGGCUGCCUGCCCAGGCACAGUCUCCUGUGCCGACAUUGUUGCCCUUGCGGCUCGUGAUUCCACCGCCCUGGUUGGUGGACCAUACUGGGACGUGCCACUUGGCCGGAGAGACUCGCUCGGUGCAAGCAUCCAGGGCUCCAACAAUGACAUCCCAGCCCCCAACAACACACUCCCCACUAUCAUCACCAAGUUCAAGCGCCAGGGCCUCAAUGUUGUUGAUGUUGUCGCCCUCUCAGGUGGUCACACCAUUGGUAUGUCUCGGUGCACUAGUUUCCGGCAGAGGCUAUACAACCAGACAGGCAAUGGCAUGGCUGACAGCACACUGGAUGUAUCCUACGCCGCAAAGCUGAGGCAGGGAUGCCCCCGCUCUGGUGGUGACAACAACCUCUUCCCCUUGGACUUCAUCACCCCUGCCAAGUUUGACAAUUUUUACUACAAGAACCUCCUGGCCGGCAAGGGCCUUCUAAGCUCUGAUGAGAUUCUGUUAACCAAGAGCGCUGAGACAGCGGCCCUCGUGAAGGCAUAUGCUGCUGAUGUCAAUCUCUUCUUCCAGCACUUUGCACAGUCUAUGGUGAAUAUGGGCAACAUCUCGCCACUGACAGGGUCACAAGGUGAGAUCAGGAAGAACUGCAGGAGGCUCAACAAUGACCACUGAGGGCACUGAAGUCGCUUGAUGUGCUGAAUUGUUCGUGAUGUUGGUGGCGUAUUUUGUUUAAAUAAGUAAGCAUGGCUGUGAUUUUAUCAUAUUAUCGAUCUUUGGGGUUUUAUUUAACACAUUGUAAAAUGUGUAUCUAUUAAUAACUCAAUGUAUAAG